AUGAGGCCGACUCAGGAGGGAAUGCACUGUCCAUCCCUGGAAGUGUCCACGAAAGGGCUAAUCACAGAAGUUCGUGGUCCCUAGCAGGGAAAGAGUGGAGGGGAGAGUUGUGAGAAAGCCCUUUUGCUGGUCAGUUCUCCAGAUUCUAACAGAAAAGGGGAAGUGAUUCAGCUGAUGGAACCGGGCAAGGCUAUGUGGGAGAGUCAGCAAGAGUCAGGACCUGGGGGGCAGAGCUGAGAUUUUGGAGAAUGGAAAGUGACAGUGUUGAAAGGAAUCUGAGAUUCUCCCUGUGAGGCAGGACACCUGCCAUCGUCAGCAAUUCACAUGAGACUCCAGGAGCUGAAGGCACUUGCCCAAGGUCACACAACUGAAGUUAUGCAAUAGCUCAUGAAAGUUCAGAGGGCCUCCUGGGCGGGGCCCAUCUAAAAGCCAGUGGGCACACACAGCAUCGUGAUUCAGGUCCAGCAGUUAAUUAGUAACCUGAAGGCCUUGCAGCCAGCUCCCAGCUGGUCUGGGAGCCCGCCUGAGCGAGUGGGUGACAGGUUGCUCCUGCCUGGGAAGGUCGUCCUGUGAGUCAGGUUGGAUCAGGUCAGAGGGACCAUGCAGAGCAACAGGAGGGCAGAGCCAUGCUCGGGGCUGCUCCCCAGGACCUGACCUGGGACCCAGAGUUUUAAGAGCCCAUCUGAUCACUGUUACAGGAUGGAGCCUAUUCCCGCUGGGACCCCCAGUCUGCAGCCCUCAAGGGCCAAUGGAAACAUCAACCUGGGGCCUUCAGCCAACCCAAAUGCCCGGCCCACUGACUUUGACUUCCUCAAAGUCAUUGGCAAAGGGAGCUACGGGAAGGUCCUACUGGCCAAGAGCAAGUCUGACGGGACAUUCUAUGCAGUGAAGGUGCUCCAGAAAAAGCCCAUCUUAAAGAAGAAAGAGCAGAGCCACAUCAUGGCAGAGCGCAGCGUGCUCCUGAAGAACGUGCGGCACCCCUUCCUUGUGGGCCUGCGCUACUCCUUCCAGACGCCCGAGAAGCUCUACUUUGUGCUCGACUAUGUCAACGGGGGAGAGCUCUUCUUCCACCUGCAGCGGGAGCGCCGGUUCCUGGAGCCCCGGGCCCGGUUCUACGCCGCCGAGGUGGCCAGCGCCAUUGGCUACCUGCACUCCCUCAAUAUCAUUUACAGGGACCUGAAACCAGAAAACAUUCUUUUGGACUGCCAGGGACACGUGGUGCUGACGGAUUUUGGUCUCUGCAAGGAAGGUGUAGAAGCUGAGGAGACCACAUCCACGUUCUGUGGCACUCCAGAGUACUUGGCUCCAGAAGUGCUUCGUAAAGAGCCUUAUGAUCGGGCAGUGGACUGGUGGUGCUUGGGUGCAGUUCUCUAUGAGAUGUUGCAAGGCCUGCCACCCUUCUACAGCCAAGAUGUGUCCCAAAUGUAUGAAAACAUUCUGCACCAGCCACUGCAGAUCCCUGGGGGCCGGACAGUGGCCGCCUGCGACCUUCUGCAAGGCCUUCUCCACAAAGACCAGAGACAGCGGCUGGGCUCCAAAACAGACUUUCUUGAGAUAAAGAGCCAUGUCUUCUUCAGCCCCAUAAACUGGGAUGACUUGUACCACAAGAGGCUGAUUCCACCCUUCAACCCAAACGUGAUUGGAAAAACUGGGGGUCUGAGAGGCUCAAUGAUUUGUCUGAGGCCACACAGUAAGUUAGAGGCAGAACUGGGUCCAUAAUCCAGAAGUCCUGACUGCCAGUUCAAUCCUCCGUGAUGGGCCCUGCCGCCAACACUCCUUUAUCUUCAGCACCAAUUGCAGAGCCCUUUACAGUUUUAAAAAUGCUGUGUCACAUAGCACACCCUGGCAGAGCCAAGCCCCGUAAAGAUUUUUUCCCCAUGUUUAGCUUUUUUCCUGUUAAUAAAAACGGCAUGUAUUCACUGAAGAAAGUGUGUGAAACAAAGAGGUUUAAAGCUUAUUAUCUCACUACCCAAGAGAUAUCACAGUUGGCAUGUUCCAUUCCAGUCUUUUUCUGUUUUUUACAUAGGUCAUACUUCAUAUAGAGAAAUAUCCUCUCCCCACUUUUUUUUUUUUUUUGCUAAAAACUAUGUCAUUAUUUCUCUAAGUCAUAUUAAGUAUCAUUUUAAGUGGCUGCAUAAUAUUUCAACCCUAUGCUGGUAAUACAGUUUAUUCAAGCAUGUUCCUAAUGGUGAGCGUUAGGGUAUUUUCAUUUUUUUCUUUAUCAUAAUGGACUGAUGAACAUAAACUUUAUUUCUUUGCCCAGAGUUCUGAUUAUUUCUUCAAGAUGGAUUCCAGACGGGGAAUAACCAGUUCAAAGAAUGUGAACAUUGUUAGGUUCUUGAUUCGUACGGCCAUAACUGUGUGUUAGGGAGGACAAUCUACUUACUACCAGCAGUGUCUGCUGGAGAAUUUGCAUCUUAUUUCUGCAGCAUGUGUGGCUGUUAUUGUUUAAUUUGCAAAUUUAUUAAGUGAAAAAAAGCAUCUUGUAUUGUUUUCAUUUAUAUUUCUUUGACGUACAGUAAAGGUGGUUAGUUUUUAACUGUUAAUUAGCAGUGGUAGCAUGAAUGAGAGGAUCCCCACUGGAGGGGGACACUGAAGGCUCUCUUGGCCACCUACAGUAUCAAGCCCCUUCCAUCCAAGUAGCCUGCACACCUCAACACUGCCAGAGUGAACUCACUAUUUAUAUCUUUCCUUUGGUAAAUUAUCUGUUCAUGAACAUAUCUUUGAGCACCAGCUUCUUGACAACAGUUGUUAGAUAGGAUACAUUCAGUCCAGGUAUCUGAAAAGUUUAUCUGGGGAUUUAAAAAAGAGCCUGAGGAUGAUAUUGAACAUAUACCCUGAUGACAGAAUAGUAAAAAAUACUAGUCAGGGAGGUAACAGAAUGCAAUGCAUGGACUUCAAGACCU